AUGGCGGAGCUGGACCUGCUGGGCUCCAUCCUGCGCUCCAUGGAGCCCCCGCCCGCCAUGGGCGACCGCGAGGCCCGCCGCGCCAGGGAGCAAAAGGCUCAGCUGAAGAAGCUGCAGGAGCAGGAGAAGCGCCAGAAGGUCGAGUUCCGGAAGCGGAUGGAGGAGGUCGUGUCCGGCUUCAUUCAGGACAGCAGCCAAACCAAGAAGAAAUUCCAGCCCAUGAACAAGGUUGAGCGCAGCAUCCUGCACGAUGUGGUGGAAGUGGCCGGGCUGACCUCUUUCUCCUUUGGCGAAGACGAGGACUCGCGCUACGUUAUGAUGUUUAAGAAGGAAUUUGCCCCAUCAGAUGAAGAGCUGGAAACCUACCGACGAGGGGAGGAGUGGGACCCGCAGCAGGCACAGGAGAAGCGCCGGCUCAAGGAGCUGGCGCAAAAGCAGGCGGAAGAGGAGGCCCGGAGGGGGCCGACUGUGGUGAACCCCCACACUGACUACAAGGACAAGUACAGCCACCUCAUUGGCAAGGUGGCCGCCAAGGAUGCCGCCCACGCCAUGGAGGCCAACAAGGCCUACGGCUGCGUUCCUGUGGCCAACAAGAGGGACACGCGCUCCAUCGAAGAGGCCAUGAACGAGAUCCGGGCCAAGAAGCGGCAGCGCCAGUCGGAGGAGGAGAGCCCGGCCCCUCCCGCCAAGAGCUCGUAG